UUCUGUUUUAGUGAAAAGUUGUCUUUGAAUAUGUUCUAUAUGACUAAAGAGAGCAGGUGAAACUCAGAAAGCUUCAUCUUCAUAAUCAUUGCAUUUCCAUUAAGAAAUUCAAUUCUGUUGCUUUUUGAGUCACAUAUCUGUAGGAUAGUAGAUAUGAAUUUGAAGCAAUUAUAUUGUAUCAGCUCUGACUAAGCCUUGGGGGUGUGCUUUCGUUUCUAUAUCCUAGCUAAUAUCUUUGCUGUCUUUUGCAUGACAGUCCUUUUCCAUCUGUAAUCUUCCCUCCCACAUUACCCUAUUAUGGACCCAAAUGCUCCUUCUUCAUCUUAUCAUGAUCGGUGCUCCCAUCUCACACAAAGUUCUUGUUUCACUUAAUUCGUCUGGGAUUAUGACUUUUUGUGUUGGCCAGAGGUCUCUUGGGGCAAGGGUUUUAUAAAUGUAGUGGUUUUUGGGUUGAAGUCAGAGUAUGUUUGUGGUUGAGCAUGCAUGCCAUUGAUGCAGAGGGUUUGCCUGUUAAGUUGGUAUGUUCCAUGUACAUCAUGGAGAGGGAGAAGGCAGACAGCGUGUUCCAGCCGCCAACCACCUAGGGUCUUCUUCUUCCUUAGAGGUUAGAAUGGAGCCGAUGGACAUUGUUGGUAGAACAAAAGAGGAUGCUUCUCUUCCUAAAGCAACUAUGACAAAAAUUAUUAAGGAGAUGCUCCCUCCAGAUGUUCGUGUUGCAAGGGACACACAAGAUUUGUUAAUUAAAUGUUGUGUAGAAUUUAUUAAUCUUGUUUCUUCAGAAUCCAACGAAGUUUGUAACAAAGAAGAGAAAAGAACAAUUGCACCAGAGCAUGUAAUCAAGGCCUUAGAGGUUCUUGGAUUUGCGGAGUAUACUGAUGAAGUCUGUGCGGCGUAUGAGCAGCACAGGCUUGAGACUAUGGACACCAUGAGAAGUGGUAAAUGGAGCAACGGAGCAGAGAUGACGGAAGAAGAGGCAUUAGCAGAGCAACAGAGAAUGUUUGCGGAGGCGCGUGCUAGGAUGAACGGAGGUGCCUCAGAGCCCAAGUAGAGUAGAGCAGAGCAGAGGGACUCCAAUACACUCAGGUGAUGAUAAUGUCUUAAUACCUAAAUUUUUAGUGAGAGAGAGAGAGAGAGAGAGAGAAAGAGCAUUGUUGUUGUUCUUGACUCCCUCUUCCUCCCUUUUCUGCUGUCGUACUAUGAAGGAGGUUGUUUUAUCUGUACAUAAGUGCAGUUUGUCAGUCAGUUGUGUCUACACUACACAUUACCCAAUUAUAUAUAAUUAUAUAUAUAUAUUAUAAUUAUAUAUAUAUAUAUAUCUGUAAUCAUUGGUAUGAUUUUUACUCAUCCACC